AUGAAAAUGUUGAAUCCACACAAAACUCGGCUGGAGCGCCGGAUAGUUGGCUCAACCAACCGGUGGCGUUUGCCCCAAGAGCCUUUCUUUGGGGACCUGCUGGCACUUCCCCAGAUGUGCCAGGCUUUGGGCAUAGACAUUGAGGAAACUCUGAAGAACUCAGACAGGUUACGUAUUCCAAAAAUUUGGAAAAUUUUCACUGAGAAUUUGAAGGACAAGGCCAGCCAAAACGGGGAAGCAGAUGUGACACUCGAAUGCCUUGGCUUCAAAUGGGAGCUCCAUCAGCCCCAGCUUUUCCAGUCUGAGACCUUGACCAAGCUUUACUUGGCAGCCCUGACCCGGGGUGUCACCAGCCCCCGUCGAGAAAUGGACUGUGUUACACGCCAUCACCCUCUGUGGCCUGGGAAGAUCCAGGAACCCUCCCCCGUCAAGAGGAUGAUCAUCUCCUUGAAGAUCAAUGACCCGGCGGUCACCAGAGUUGCCUUCGCCACGGCCCUGAAGAACCUCUACCUGAAGGACGUGGAGAUGAAUGUGGAGGAAGUCCUGGGGGUGCUGGCUUCCGCCCACGCGCUCCAGUUCAGCCGCCUGUUCCAGAGGUGUGUGGCCACCAUGAUGAACGGACUCAGGCCAAGCACCCUCAAGAACUUCUACCUGGCCGGCAACCGGUACAAGGAAGAGCAGCUGACCACGGCCUGCGAGAAGUGGCUGGAAAUGAACUUGGUUCCUCUGAUGGGGACGCAGAUCCACCUUCGGCAUGUCCCUCAGGAGCUGCUCCAAAAGGUGCUGAAGUCCCCCAGGUUGUUCACCUUCAGCGAGUUUCAUCUUUUGAAAACCCUGCUUAUGUGGGCCUACCUGCAGCUGAACAGCAAGAUCCAGGCAAUUCCCAUCCAUGAGACCAUGCUGACGUUUUUCAACAGCUUCCCCAAGAAGUGCUGCUUUCUGGACCGAGACGUAGGACAGAGCUGGCUGCCGCUCUUCCUUUGCUUGCGUCUGCACAGCAUCACUAGCCGUAAGGAUCUGGAGGAGUUAAGGCACAUUAAUUUCUUUCCGGAGUCCUGGCUGAUCCGGGUUACAGCCAACCAUUACCACGCACUGGAGAGCGGAGGUGACAUGGUCCACCUGAAAGAUCUGACCACCCAGGCUGUGAGAUUUGGGCUGCUCUUUAACCAGGAGUACACCAUUCAUUCGAAAAUGAUUUCUAUCUAUGGAUUCUUCUUUGAGAUAAAGGGAGUCAAACAUGAUACUACCUCUUACAGCUUUUACAUGCAGAGAAUGAGGCACACAGACUUGGAGUCCCCCUCCACCAUCUGCGAGCACAGCGCUAUCAGCCUGAAGUCAGAGCGUCUAGUAAAGUACGAGAUCCGAGCCCAGACCCUGGUGGACGGCAGGUGGCAAGAGUUCAGUACUAACCAGAUCACACAGAAGUUUGGGUUAGUCCAGCCGUGCUGCAAAAGCCAUGCCUUGAAAAUCCAAACUGUGGGCAUCCCCAUCUAUGCAAGCUUUGCAUUCAUCUUCCCACUCUCUUGACAGUUUCCAGAAGAUUCUAUGGGAUCCCCCCACAUCUGUCUGCAUAAAAGGAAAUAAAGAGACAUUAAAGGGGGGACUCCACUGUGCAGCUGACUGUCCUAGUUAGCAGGGUUUCAUUAGAACUUCUGUCCUCACUUGCCACGAGUCCACUUGCCAUCCUCAGCCCCAGAGUGCCCCAAGCCCUGCUUCUCGGGGGUGCGGUGGGAGCACCUGCACCCACAGACUCCAGCCGGGAGCUUCAGCAUUUCCCUUCUGCUGGCUACCGCUCUGCUGGUACCCAGAAGAACACACCUGACCAUUG